CUAGAAAGAAAUACUUAUACGUCAUUUAGAAAUUCCCUGGAGUAGUUAAGUUAUAUUCCUUUUCUUCCGUAAGCAUCCGUUGGUCCUUGUUCUUCCUUUCGGAAAUUUUCAUCUCACCCAAUUCACCACAUUUAAGAACAAAAAUCUGAUUAUCAAGGAAGAGCUUACCAGAAGACGUUAUCAAGGUGUCACACUUAUCUAAGUAUUUUGAGUUCAGCUUCUUACAAGGUAAGGCCAAUGCCUAGGAAGAUGAUGAGGGAGUGGAACGCGUGCCAAGAUGAGUUAACGGGAACGACCUUGGCAGCUUGUUGCUAGAUAUUAUUUUGCUUCAGUAUUUAGGUGUUAUAAUAAAGAGAUUAUUAUUAUUUUAUUUUAUUUAAGGAUUUGAUGUUUGAAUAAAUUCCUGGAUCCAGGUUGUUAUCACACUUGCUAGUGAUAACUAUAUUUUAUUAAAUUUUUAUUUGGAGUUGUUUUAGUUACUUUUGAGAUUUUAUCAGAGUUAUUUUCUUAAAUAGACGGCUGUUAUGUUGCAGUUAUUUUUAAGAGUAGUAAGUCAGUGUAACGUUCUCUUUAACCCUGAGAGGGGCGUUACAUAUUCGUACAUAUCAUUUAUUCGUAUCUACAAAGGGACGCAUAUGGAUUUAACCAAAAUCAAAAUAAUUGAAAAGGGGUCAAAAUCAUAUAACAAUAACAUCAGCUGAUCUAUUUAAGUUAAGAUAACAAAACCAGGUAAAAAUUUAAAAACGCCCCUUUCAGUUUUAACAAAUACGGGAAUGUGAGAAUUUAAAAUAUGUUCUUAAUCCAAAGCACUUGAAUGUGAUUUUACGCAAUUUAAAAAGUUUAAUUUACCAUGGAAUCGACUGAUUUUAGGCGUAGAAGGAGAAUGAAUGUUUACCUGAUCGAGUGGAUGCAGGUAGUGUUGGGAAUAACAGGAUCGUGCUAAUAUGAGAGAAAAACACUUCUAUUACUUUCAAGAAUAGAAAGAAGAGACAUAUAAGCUCUAACUAAAAACUCUCAAAAACAACACCUCACAUAUCUCUCAAGGAUAUUCACAACUCUUCUUGGUUGUGCUAUGAUGAUCUAUUCUAAUUUACUUGAUGAUAUAAAGACUCUCCAAGCUCUCUAUUUAUAGCACCAAAACUAGGUACUAGGAAGGUGGAAGGAAGAUGUGUUGAAGCUAGGAGGAAGCUUCAAUGGAGGUGUGGGGAAGGUGGUUCUUUGGUGUGAAGAAACUUCCCUUGUCAUUCUUGCACAUGGGGGAAGUUACAUGGAAACUAGAAAUUGGAUUCUUCAAUUGGCUUCUAUUUGGAUAUGUCCUCAAAAUUGAAUUCUUCAAUUCUCCCCUUCCAGGCAUAUUCAAAACAAGCAUCCCAACUAUGUCUCUGCAUAGCUCUAGCUUAUCUCGUGUCACCACCUUCGUCAGCAUGUCUGAUGGAUUCUCCUUAGUGUUGAUCUUCACUAGUCUCAACAGUUGUUGAUCAAUCGUCUCCCGUAUCCAGUGAUAUCGAACACCAAUAUGCUUUGUACGAGAAUGGUACAUGGAGUUCUUGCUCAAGUCUAGAGCACUCUGACUGUCACAAUGUACCUUGUACUCUUUCUGUUGGAUCCCAAGUUCUUGGAGAAAGCGCUUUAGCCACAACAUUUCCUUACCUGCUUCAGCGGCAACAAUGUAUUCUGCUUCUGUUGUAGAUAAAGCGACACACUUCUGCAAUCUUGAUUGCCAAGAAACAGCUCCUCCUGCAAAAGUGUAAAUAUAUCCUGAAGUGGACAUUCUACUAUCAGUAUCUCCGGCCAUAUCAGCAUCUGUGUAGCCUUCCAAGACAGGAUCAGCUCCUCCGUAACAAAGACAUAACUUCGUGGUACCUUUCAAGUACCUGAGAAUCCAUUUGACUGCCUCUCAAUGCUCCUUCCCGGGGUUAGAGAGAAAAUGGCUCACUGUACCCACUGCCUGUGCGAUGUCUGGCCUUGUGCAUACCAUGGCGUACAUCAAACUCCCAACUGCUGAAGAAUAUGGAACUGCUGACAUCUCCCCGAUCUCUUCCUUGGCGGCGCGUACGGCAGCUUCCGGUGGCCAAAAAAAUCCCCAAAAAUACCAGUUUUCUCGUCUCGACGAGACGAAUCCAACGGUAUAUUCAGAUUGCAAUUCCAAGCAAUACUGAAAAACUCGAUUUUUUCAGGCAGUAGAAUUUUGUCUGGAAAAAAUCUGGGAAAAAUAUCAAAAGCUCAACCAGGCUGUGAUACCACUUGUUGGGAAUAACAGGAUCGUGCUAAUAUGAGAGAAAAACACUUCUAUUACUUUCAAGAAUAGAAAGAAGAGACAUACAAGCUCUAACUAAAAACACUAAAAAACAACACCUCACAUAUCUCUCAAGGAUAUUCACAACUCUUCUUGGUUGUGCUAUGAUGAUCUAUUCUAAUUUACUUGAUGAUAGAAAGACUCUCCAAGCUCUCUAUUUAUAGCACCAAAACUAGGUACUAGGAAGGUGGAAGGAAGGUGUGUUGAAGCUAGGAUGAAGCUUCAAUGGAGGUGUGAGGAAGGUGGUUCUUUGGUGUGAAGAAACUUCCCUUGUCAUUCUUGCACAUGGGGGAAGUUACAUGGAAACUAGAAAUUGGAUUCUUCAAUUGGCUUGUACUUGGAUAUGUCAGGAAAAUUGAAUUCUUCAGGCAGGGCUGAACACAGAGAUCCUUCGAAGAGAAUAGCACGCUAGAGUAGAAGUUUAAUCGUUAGGAAUGAACAAUUGAAAGGCGGCUUAAAUUAUCGAUCAAAGAAGAGGCGCCUUAAACUAUCGAUCGAAGAAGAAGAGUUCAGAGCGGAACGCCUUUUAAUCGUUAGGGCUGGAGGAUGUUUGGCGUAAAAGGAAUAUAUGUUUUAUCUUUUUAAUGACUGGGCCAUCUCCACCGUUUAACAAAUCUGAUGGCUCAUAUUGUCUUGGCCGGAUGAGAAAGUGGUGUGGACGGAUGUAUGAGAAAAGCACUUAUAUAUGUUACUUAGAGGGAGAGUUGUAAAAUAAUUUGCAUGCUUUUUAUAAACACUACAACGACUUUGCGUGAAAAGAAAAAAUACACAUCUAGAUAAACAAUACAAUCUAUUUUACAAAGUGAUUGAUUCUUAAAUUUUGUACGCAAUCAUUUCAAAUGCAAAACUUAAAUUUGUAAACUAACAAACAAACCCUUAAGUAAGCUUGAUCACCAACAUACUAAUUAAUCCGUAUUAAACAAACUUGGUUUAUUAGUUCUUGACUCAAAAGUCAAAAUUUCACGAUCAAUGUCCGGUGUAAAACAAAGGGGAUGAAGGGCAAUUAAGUUACGACUUCCACCGUAUAAAUAAACUUUUCUUUUGAAAGCAUAAAUAAACUAGAUCAGUAAAACAAAGGGGUGAAGGGUAAUUAGAUUUUGUUUUUGAAAGAUAAUUAGAAUUUUUAUAAACUACGUAGAACAUUAUUAGUGUUCCAAAGUGGAAGAAUAUAUACUAGGGUUUAACCUUGUCUUUCUCUUUCAUAUCUGGAAUUUGAAAACUAUGCACUCGUGAAAAUUAUCAAAUUUGGGGAAUUCAAUUUCAUGUCUACCUGUUGAGAUCUUCUAAGCUUCAGCUACUCGGUGAGCAUAUGGACAAUUAUGCAUUUGAUUCAACGAUUUGCUUGUGCAAUAUAUUUAUGCAUGGCCCUGAUGUUAUUAGUCAGAGGUAGUGUCCCUAUUGAAGUUUGUCUUUGAGAUGUCUGCUCGAGGUAAUAAUGGUACUCAGGCUGGGCAGGUAGGUCAUACUUCUGGACCCGCACAACACUUGCCACCUCCUCCUCCCCCUCCUCCUAUACACCCUCCACCACCACCUCCUCCUCCUUUUCCCCAGAAUGCCCUUUCUGCUCCAACAGGACCUUUAAUGCAGAGUAGUCUUCAACUACUUGAAUCAUCAGCAGUUCAUCCCAACCCGCUUGUAUAUCAGCAUAUCCACAGUGGUGCAACUCGGAAUUUCCGACCUCAACAACUUCCAACUAGUGGAAACCAUUCCAGUCAAUCUUGUUUGAUACCCAAUGUGCCUCCCCUCCCUCCACCUGUCCAACUCCAUCAAAGUUCUAUCAUGUCCAACUCCUAUCAAACUUCCUUAUGGAGUUCACAGUGGACUCCAAAUGUGCAUCAUAAUCUGCCUGCAAGUGCUCCAAGAGCUCCUAGAGUGUUUCCCCAACCACCCCCACCUCAAAUACAAAUAGAAACACCAACACAAUAUGGAGGUUCAGGCCAGAUGUUGUUACCAGUACCUGGUAACGGUCAGGCAGUCCAACAUGCAGCACUGUCUGACCUUAAGAGCACUGUUUUUUCACCAUCACCACUUAGGACAUCAAGUGGUCCACUUCCUCCUCCACCCCCAUCUUUUCCUGCAGAAGCCCCACCGAUUCCAGAAUCUAUUUCACCCACUACUUUUCCUGCCACUUCAAAUUCAGCACCUAUGGAGAAGUAUUGUAGUUUGCCCAAUAAGUUAGAAAGAAGUUCCGGCACGUCUACAAGUAUUGUUAUUGAUGGAAUAGCCUCUGCCUCAGAAAGUUAUAGCUUAUCUUCAGUUUGUAUGAAUGAAGGCCCCCAAGAAGAAGCGGAAGGAACCAGACACACAGUACAUUUGUCAGUAAGUGAGAAUCUAAUAUUGGAUUUUGCUACUUCGUCCCCUAAGCAUCUUGAUAGAGAAACACUACAAAACUGUGAUGUUUUGGAUGUUCAUGCUUCUUCCCCUAAGCCCCCCAAUGGGGAAAUGUCUAACAAAAGUGAUGAUCAUGGAGAUUACAACACAUCAAGGGGGGUAUCAGAAAUGUGCUCUUCGCUCCAAUCCAUUGACUCAGUAGAUGCUGGUGUGUCCUAUUCCCCUACCAAUUCUGAUAUGGAAAUGGAAGAUGAUAUCACACAUCCAGAUGAGGAACAUAAUGUUUACUCAUUUUGCACUCCAUAUCAGGAGUGUAUUUCUCUACAAAAUAAACUUUUCGUCGAGGAGAAGUUCCAAAAAGAAGCAAGCACAGCUGAAUGUGGCUUAGCAGGAGACACAGAUGAAGACCGACAAGCCAAGGCGUCAUCUCCUAGACUCGAUGAGUCGGUUACUAGUUCAAUUAGAAGUGCUGCAGAAAUACAAGAAUCUUCUUUACAUGAAUGUUUGGGCAAAGCUAAUCCCGUGUUGGGUUUGGGAAUAUGUACUACUCAGCUUGCUGAUGGCCCUGGUCCAUUUAGUCUUAUCCAAGGCUAUUCAUCUGAUGACUGUUUAGACAAUGAUAAUAAUGAUGAGUUCCAGAUUGAAGUGAAAACCAUAGUGAAUUAUGAUGCUGGUAAAUCACCCGAGUGUCCUGCAUCACGAAGAGUGGUUAGUGAAACUGAUACAACAUGCAACUUUUUAGGGCAUGGUGAAGAGAAUCCUCCAAGAGAUUCUGACACAAAUACCACUUUAGAUAUUCUUGAUUUCCUAAGGGAGGAGGAUGUGAAAAAAACAUCUGCUUUGGUGAAGAUUGAUGAGUUUGGUAGACUAGCCAGAGAAGGGAAAAGUGACAGUGACUCUGGGAGGGAUUCACCGCGUUACGGAAGGACUCGAGGUAAAAGAGAAAAGAGCCAGAGUCAAAUCUGUUCUCCAUAUAAAAGGAGGCGGAGUCCAAGGCGGAGUCCAAGGCGGAGUCCAAGGCGGAGCCCAAGGCGGAGUCCAAGGCGGAGCCCAAGGCGGAGUCCAAGGCGGAGCCCAAGGUGGAGUCCAAGGCGAAGUAAGGAUAGGCGCAGAUCGUCUAGGAGUGUAUCUCCAAAGAGACGCAGAAGUAGGAGCAAGUCCCCUUUUAGGCAUGAAUUUUGCAGUAAUGAUAAAAUGAGAAGGGGAAAACUUCACCUUUCCGAAUGCUUGGACUUCAAGAGAGGCAAAUGCAACCGUGGAGCUUCAUGUCGGUAUUCCCACCAUAGUUCUGAUAAUAAAAGCGACAGAUCUCAAUCUUACUGGAGUAGGGAGCAGCAUCAGCUCCACUUACCUAGUUCAAGGAAUUGUGGCUUAUUACAUGAAGAGGCUGAAAGUGCUCUAGUUAAGAAAACUGUUGACGAGAAUGAUAGUAAUAAUAAAACCAAAACCCAAGAGUUGAGUAUUGUUCAUGAAACUCACAAUGUUGGAGAAAAAGGGGAAACAGAAUCAGAACCUACAUCUCACCUGCAUGGAAAAGCAAGUCACGGAAGCCCUGUAGUUGACGGUAAACGUGAGAUGCAUCUUGCAGCUGCUGGUGUUACCUCAUCAUCAUUUGAAACUACAAACGAAAAUUGUGAUCAGACUCGCCAAGGUGUUGUUUGUAAACCUACUAAUGUAAUAGCUGAUCCUGCAAUCUCCAAACCAUCAAAUCUCGAAGCAUUAACAUCAACCCCAUUCCAGCACCUUCAGUUUCCCGAUAAUAAAGAAUUAUUAUCUUCUCCAAGUUUACCACAGCCACCAUCCCACCAUUCCUUUUCUGCAUUUUCCUAUGCUCCAACUACAGUAUCUGCACAACCACUCUUCAACACAGCAUGUGUUCAAAAUUUCCCCCCUUACCAGCCUCCAUUGCGUCUUCCACAGUCUCAUUUUCGUGCACCUUUUAACAAUUCUUGGAAUUCGCACCUGCCAGCUAAACCACCACCAAAUUCAUCAUAUCCUGUUGUUCAUAAUGCAGUUGGGAACAGUGCUCUUCGACCAUAUGGUGCAACUCCAUCACAGUUUCAACAGAGUAUGCCGCUGCAAGGGAAUGGCUUUAUUAUUCCUCACAAUUCUGUAUUGCCGAGUAGUUCUCAGGUUGGCCAACUUCCGGCAUAUGGGCAUACUUGGCCAAGCAAGAAUGUUGGUGAUACUCUACCUCAUGGUGAACUUCCUAUUCCAUCUUCCAAGAGUUAUCCUUACAUGCAACAGCUCCCCUGUGGUCUCCCCAAUCACACUGGGGCUGCUAACGCAUCAGUAUACUCUUCUGAUGUUCUUCUAGACAGGAACCAGAAACCCAGUUUGCCUGAUUUUGGUGGAUCUAGAUUAUCAAGUUACUUCAAUCCUUAUGCGUCUAACUUUGAGCAGCCACUAGCCUCUAAGAUCAGGUCAAAUGCUCCCAUAGAAGGAAAGGAAAUUCUUUCUAGUGACAGAAAUGGUGCUCCUUUUAGUCUGAACAAUGUACGAGCUGAUGGACAUCCAGCGGAAAGCCUUGGAUUACAAAAUACUCUACCAAACUCUGCCCCAUAUGAUCCACUAUUUGACAGCAUUGAGCCAUCUACAAAUUCAUUGCAAAAACCUGGUCCUGUCCAAAAUAGCGAAACAACUUUGGACUCAAAUGUCAUGAAAAAGCCUAGCAGAUGGAGCAAAAAUGCAUUGGAUGUUGAAGAAAACAACACACAUAAAGGUGAUGGAGCUAGUGGUAUUGCUGAUGCAUCAGCAGGCAAUGAUGAAUGUGGCGAGACAGCAGAUGGGGAAGUCGGGGCAGUUGAAAACAUAAGUCCAAGUGAUUCAAACGAUGUAGCAGACAUGGUCGAUGGAGAAAUAGAGAUUGAUAAUGUUGAAACAAGUAAAAAGAGCAAGGACUCCAGAGCUAUCAAACUUUUCAAGAAAGCAAUAGCUGAUUUUGUGAAGGAGCUUUUAAAACCAUCGUGGCGUCAAGGCAAUAUGAGCAAGGAGGUUUUCAAGACCAUUGUCAAGAAAACUGUUGAGAAGGUGUCCGGAGCCAUGAAGAAUCGUAAAAUGCCGAAGUCUCAGGAAAAGAUUGACCACUAUGUUGACUCUUCACAAAAGAAAUUGACGCAGCUGGUGAUGGGCUAUGUUGAUAAAUAUGUGAAAGCAUGAAUACCAACCGUUGUGACAUUCACAGUUGAACAGUUGAGGAUAUUGAAAAUGUUGCCUGCAGCUGUUCUACCCGGCUAUUUAAAAAAGAAUAUGAUAUUUCACCUUUGAAAAUAUAGCUGGCACUUGUGUCUUGGCUUUCUAUUGAUAACGGUACACUGGCAAGCAAACCUAUGUGUGGCAGCGAUGAGAGGGUGAAGUUAUUAUGUCUUAUAUACAGAUGUUGUUGGGAGUAAAUAGAAUGCAAGUGUUGUGGUAGACUGGUAGUGUUGUGUAUUGAGCUAGUGUUUCACGAUUUGCGGCACAAGAUAAUGGGUCCACCUUUUUCACGGCUACAUAUAUAGGACCCAAAAUAUCUUGCACCAUUUGUAUGUAAUUUGCUACUUGAUUUUUAAUGUAUUUGUGUCUUCUUAAAUCAAUGUUUCAGAAUACGUAUAUGUACAUAAUCUUUAAUUGGCUUUUGAUCGUCUUGUCAACCUGUAUGUGUUGAGUUUUUUUUCCCGUGACAGCCUCACCUUCAAACACUGGUAGUUGAUUUGUUUGGUAUGAUAGUAAUUAAUGGUGUUACGUGCACAUUG